AUGGCUGCGACACCCGUGGCUGCGGCGAGCGCGCGUUUCUCGCGCUCGCCGCCGCCACCGCAGCAGCAGCAGCAGCAGCAACAGCAGGCGGCGAAGGGCCUAUCAGCUGAAUGGGUGGCGGAGUUCUUCGUAUCUCGCGGCGUAUCGCCCUGGCUCUUCAGAGAACUCUUACCCCGCCCGCUGCGGGGCGACAGCGCACUGGUGCUGCGGGACGUCCUUCCCAUGCUGCGCACCGCGCUUCAAGACCGCGAGCUUCCCGCCUGGCUGCUCUCAUCCAUCCGCGUGGUCGCGCGCAAGAGGGACCUCGCGGAGAGGCGGAGGGGGGAAGCGGAGGGGCGGGGAGCGGAGGGCGCGGGGGAGGAAGGGGUUCCGAGAUGGGUGCGGAUAGUGGUCGAGUGCUGCACUGCGGCCUUUCUGUCGUCCCUCCCCGAACCCCCACCAAAUAACACCGGAACCCCAACCCGAGCCACCAGGCUAGCAGCAGCGGCAGCCGCAAAAGCCGCGGCAGCAGCGAAAAAGGCGGUAGAUGCAGCAGUGGAGGAAUUUGGGGAGAGCGUGUGGACUGAGAGAGAGGAGGGCAGUGAAGGCGCAGCAGCAGCAGAUGGGCGCGCGGAGGAGGGAGGAGGGGAGGGGGAGGAGGCGAGGAAGGAGGAGGAGGAGCAGGAAGAGGAGGUGCUUUCUCGGGAAAUCAGGCGCAGGAAGGCUUCUAUUAGGGCGAUGCAGCAGGUGGGGUGGGUGGGUGGGAGGUCACGUUUUGAGGCGGGCGGCAGUGUGGCGGGUUUGGUGGAGCGGUGCAGAGAGCGCUUUCCCCAGGAGGACGUGUGGGCGCACCUGCAGGAGCUCGUGGACUGGACUGCUGCUGCGCUGCCUCCCCCGCUGCUUCAGCAACUGCGUCACUGGAAGAUUCGACCCAACCCUCGUGCACCCCACCCCACGCCUCCCCAUCAUGCUGCUGCUGCUGCUCCUGCUGACCGUGCCGCUCGCCCUGCUUCACCUGCUCCUGCUGCUGGCGCUGGUGCUGCUGAUGGUGCUGCCGCUGUUGGUGCUGCUGCUCCUCGUUUGGGAGAAGAUGUGGGCGGCAGGGAGGGAGGGGAGAGGCGUGUGGGGCGGAGCAGGAAGAAGCAGAAGGUCACUAGGCCCAUGCGGGAGGUCAGUCUGAGCGAGGAAGGGGAUGAAGCGAAGCAAGGCAGUGAAGGGAACGCGGGGAGUGAGGGAGGAGGGGAUGGCAGGAAGGGGCUUAAAGGGGUUGCAAUGCCAAGAGCGGAGGAAGGGGCAGGGGAGGAAGAGGUGGAUGGUGGUAUGGCGCAGGGGUUUAGUCAUGGUAGUGCUGCUUCUGCGUCUGCUGCUGCUGCUGCUGCUGCUGCUGCUGCUGCUGCUGCUGCUGCUGCUGCUGCUGCUGCUGCUGCUGCUGCUGCUGCUGCUGCUGCUGCUGCUGCUGCUGCUGCUGCUGCUGCUGCUGCUGCUUCUAAUGCUGCUGCUUGGUGA